ACCAGUUUUUAUUUUUCUGCAUUUCUAGGACUCUUUAGUUACUUUGGUUCUUUUAUGACUUUGGAUGGGAAAGAAAAGAGACAGUUUUUAGUAAUUUAAUGGUGGAAAAGAAUGGAGGUUGGUUGAUUUGAUGAGUCAACUUGGAUGUGAAAUUUGAUUUUUUUUCUUGAUGAACAUUGCAGAUUUGGGGUAAUAUGAGUUUGUUAUGAUUUUGAUACCUCAACUGUUCCUUCUUUCUGCGUUCCCCUCAAAUUCGAUAGCCAUUUUUCAUUAUAUAAUUGCUUUUUGAUUUGUUGUCUUGCAUGAAGUGAUCUACUACACCUUCAAUGGAGAGAAUAUUUGCUUAAAGUAUAGGACACAAAUGAUUAAAUUGUAUUGUUUAAGAUUCGAGAAUCAAAAGGUCUUAGUCUCCCUAUUGACUUCCUUGAGCUAGUUUGAUAAGCAUGCGAUUCUCAAGGUCAAUUAUAGCUCUAUUCCAUUACAGUGAUUCAAUUAGAGCUCUAUUUUAUUACAGCGAACCAAACGUAACCUAAAAGUAAUGUCUGAGACCACUAAAAAGAAGGAAUUCGGUGCCUCUUUUCUCGUGCAGCAUAAGAUUCUCGAGGGAAAAAUCUGUUGUAUUUCUUUCAAAAUCAGAGGGGGAAAAAGGGCCCCUUUACCCCACGGUUCCACUGUUAAUCUUUCUUCACUUUCAAACCUUUCACAUUAUCCCCUCCAAAACGCUUUUUACAAAGGAAACCCCAAAAAUAUACCUAUCACCAAAAAGUGAAAUCCAAUUCUCCUCCAAAGCAAAGCAAAAACAGGGACUUAGUGAGUGAGUGAUGGGUUCCCAGAACUUUCUUCAAGUUGUUGCCAAGAACUUUGAUGUUCUUGCUCUGCCUUUAGUCACUCUUGUUUACCCUCUAUACGCUUCAAUCAAGGCUAUAGAAACGAGGUCUAACAACGAUGAUCAACAAUGGCUGACGUAUUGGGUCCUUUACUCUUUGAUUACACUUUUCGAACUUACUUUUGCCAAAGUCCUCGAAUGGUUCCCGAUUUGGCCGUAUGCAAAGCUGAUAUUUACAUGCUGGUUGGUGCUUCCUCAGUUCAAUGGGGCAAAAUACGUAUAUCGUCACUUCAUAAGACCAUUUUACAUGAACCCGCAACGUGCCACCACCAUCUGGUAUGUCCCCCGCAAGAAGAGUAUUUUCAGCCAGCAAGAUGACAUUCUAACUGCUGCCGAGAAGUACAUUGAAGAGCAUGGCACUCACGAAUUUGAAAGGCUUAUAACCAAGGCUGAGAAAGAAGAAAGAAUCCGACGCAGCAACAACUACAUGAUCUUCGAUGACGAUUAUAUAUAUUGACUUGUUUUGUAAACUAGCAACUUUCUUUGUUGUAAGAAAUGCUAUUUAAUGAUGUAUCAUCUUGGCUUAAUUAUCACAUUUUCCUUUUUUUGUUCAAA